ACCACGGAGCGUCGGCGCGACUGCGGCAAAGUGUGCGGAGCAAGAGCAGCGCUAGCUUAGCACUGGUUCAGGGGAAGCGAGUGAGGCCGGGGAUAGCCCACGCAGGACGGUAGUCUGACUAGACACUGCAUUCUAGUUAAGAAAUCCAGAAAGGAAGACAAGUUACAAGAAGAGACGUGGAACAGAGAAUUGCAUUGGCAGUGGGAGGCAAUCGUUAGAAUAUCAUUUUGGCAGAUAGCUAUAGCCAUAAUUGCAUCGAUCUAUAACGUUACUUCUGGUCGCGUACCGUUGCAUUAUAUAUUCCAGCCAUAUAGCUAACGUCUUUCUUUGGGUGGUGUGCCCGUGUCUGCUCAUUCCCCAGCAGAGAUCGAGCGUUUAGGCUUUGUGUUAGGCGGCUAGGUAGUUGGCUAGCUACACCUCGGUGUGUGCGUGUUCAGCCAGUGCAGUGUCCAGUGAGUCUAUAAAAUCGCUAGUAUGGUUGACAGGGAGCAGCUCGUGCAGAGAGCCCGUCUGGCGGAGCAGGCAGAACGGUACGACGACAUGGCAUCUGCGAUGAAACUGGUGACGGAGCUGAACGAGCCGCUGUCCAACGAGGAUCGCAACCUGCUUUCCGUGGCGUACAAGAACGUGGUGGGCGCGCGGCGGUCCUCCUGGCGGGUCAUCUCCAGCAUCGAGCAGAAGACCUCGGCCGACGGCAACGAGAAGAAGCUGGAGAUGGUGCGCGCGUACCGCGAGAAGAUCGAGAAGGAGCUGGAGACGGUGUGCCAGGACGUCCUGACGCUGCUCGACAGCUUCCUCGUGAAGAACUGCGGCGACGGCCAGUUCGAGAGCAAGGUCUUCUACCUGAAGAUGAAGGGCGACUACUACCGCUACCUGGCCGAGGUGGCGGCCGGGGAGAAGAGGGCGGCGGUGGUGGAUUCGUCAGAGGCGUCCUACAAGGAAGCCUUCGAGAUCAGCAAGGAGCACAUGCAGCCCACCCACCCCAUCCGCCUGGGCCUGGCCCUCAACUUCUCCGUCUUCUACUACGAGAUCCAGAGUGGCCCCGAGCAGGCCUGCCUCCUGGCCAAGCAGGCCUUCGACGACGCCAUCGCCGAGCUCGACACGCUCAACGAGGACUCCUACAAGGACUCCACUCUCAUCAUGCAGCUGCUACGGGACAACCUCACCCUCUGGACCAGCGACCAGCAGGACGACGAGGCCGGGGAGGCCAACAACUGAACCCCCCCCCCCCCCGCUAUCCCCAAUCCUGCCAUCUGGUACUAGCUACUCACCUCACCCCCCAACCCCAACCUCAAACCCAACCCCCCCCGAAGUGCCCUUUCACCCAUCUAGCUUUCUGCACCUUCAUUCUUUCUCUCCAUCUCUCUCUCCCUCCUCAGUCUCUCGCUGCCCCCCCCCCUUAAAGAAAUCUACUGCAGCUACUGUGAAGUGUCCCUGUAGUUUAACUGCAGUACAAUGCAGUUAGUGCAGCCUGAGAGCACUGCACAUGAGGUAGUGAAACUGCAUUAUAACUGUAAUAAAUGCAGUAAUACUGUAAUAAAAUAAAAAAAAGCAAGUGUCCAAAAUAUUGCAUAAUACUGCAAUAACAAUCAUAGCAACUACAAUCUGAUACUAGCUACUCAUCUUCCCCCCCCACCCAUAGCCCAGCCCCCAAGUGACCUUUAACCCCUCCAUCUUCCUCUGUAUCCCAUCUUCAUUCUCUCUCUCUCUCUCUCUCUCUCUGGCUGUGGUGAAAACCGCAUACUUGAUAUACUACUCAUACUACAAAAAUCAGCCUGAAAUUUAGUGCGUGUAGUAUGCAGUUUUAACACAGUGUCUGUGUCUCUGUCUCUCUCUGUCCCCCCCCCCCCCCGCCCCCCCCAACUUGUCACGUGUCCUCCCCCAUGUCUUGAACGGCACCAGAUGUUUGUCUAUAUAAAAUAAAAUAAAAUAAUGGGUUCGUUCUGGAAUGUCCUGUAGGCCACAGCCUUCCUCUGGUCAGAUAAGUGUUCCUGUUCAUAACAGCACAGCAGCCUUCACUGUGGUUCAUGUCACCGGUGGGCCACGCUUCAAGUGUUUUUUUUUUUUGUUUUUUUUUUUUGCAGAAUAUUAAUGUGUGCAAAAAAAACAAAGAAACUGUGGCAAACCCCUUCAGCGUAUCCAGUACCGGGUUUUCGCGUCCGUUCUUUGUUUAGGUGGUUCCUUUUCUGUCUGUGCCGUACGCAUACCCGUGCGAGACAGAUGGAGAGGGGGGUGGGGGUGGGGGUGGGUGUAGCCUGUGAUUCUGCCCCGGGGGCGGGGGGGGGGGGACUUCGGCCGCACACUUCUACACACUUUAGUGAAGCAGCCCUAUAUAUCUCAACACCCCCCAGACAACCACCCACCGACACCCCCCAGACAACCACCCACCAACACCCCAACUACAUCUCUGGCAAACGAGUCGUGGCAGAAAGAAAAGUGCUAUAGUGCGACCCACCCCUACCCACCACCAGCCUGUCUCUGUUCCCUGUUUCAGUGCUGCAGAAAUACCCAUGUCCUAAGCGUUCAGACCAUCGCAAAACCUUGCGUACGCCACCGCAUUUCCAGCUUGAACACUCGUUGCAAAGCAUCAACAUAGACACACACACACCCACACACACACACGACUGCAGAGACAAAAUUCGGGAUACACCUGUGCGUGCUGGUGUUGAGACGUGGCAAUGGAAUCACUGGGCGGUAGCGGCUACCUACCUACCUACCACAAAAAGCUUCAACCGUUUGAGUUUCCGGAAGCUUCCUUGGUCUUUCUGAAGCCCAGAACCGCGCGGCUGUUAGCGGACUGGCUCAACGGAGCGCGCUCAAUGGCCACUACCGCCGUCAUCUUCGGCCGCCGUACGGCGUUUACCCGUCCUGUACAACGAUAACGGCGAAGUAAGACGUUAUUUCACAUGUUGGUACUGUUAUUGUGGCCGUUUUUGAGUAUUAAAUGGGAAUUAAGUGAGUCCUUAACGUGGAGGGGAGAAGACUGUAGAAACAGUGUGGGGGGGGACAAAACAAAAAAAAACAAAAGCCGAAAAACAGGUGCAGCAACGGCUAAAAUAGGAACAUUUUAGUCAGCAGUUCGGUAUCGAGCAGUAGGACCACGUAGAGGAUUUGCAGUCAUGUUUCUGUGUUGUCACACUGCUCACCUGAAACCCAAGAAUUUCCUGAUAGCUGGUUAAUUUCUCCCACAACAGUCGAAACUGUUUUCAUUCUUGAGAUUUUGGUGAAAUCUUUUUUUUUUUUCUUUUUUCUUUUUUUUGUGCCAACCAAAGCUACUUUGAGAGUGCCAACUUUUAGUUAAAUGUUGUGUUGAAGUCAUCUUGAUACCAAAUUAAAACCAAUUUAUGUGUGGCGAUGAAGCCCAAUGUGUAUUGUGCAAAGUAUAUAGUGUUGUUCAAAGUGUUGUGUGUGUGUGUUCUACCGGUUAAGAGAUUAAAUUAAUAUAAAUGUCAAUUCUGAUCUCGGCUCACUGACUCUGCUGUUCAUCAAAAUGGCUGCAGUUACCAUUUUCUCAAAAAGGAAACGUUGUUAAACAUUUCUGUAAGAUGGAGGCGUGUGUAUCCAUUUCAUGAUGCGCCACAGCUUUUGAUUUUGAAUGCAUGUUCAAGGUCAAGUUACUAUUGGCAUUAUGGUGCCUGGAGUCUCAGCGAAUAUGCAGCUGUUACUGUAUAUUGCUAAGGGGGAAAUUGAGCCAAUACAAAUGCACUAACACUAACAGACACUAACAGAAUUUGAAUUAAGGGAUGUCAACCAGCUUUCACAAAAAUCUGUGGGGUUUUAAUGCUCAUUGAUUUCACAAAGAAUUGUCCAAAAUUGUUCUGUUUUUGCCAAGCGUUUCAUUCAUAUUAAAGUAUGGAGGUGCACAGGUAAUGAAUUUUAAAAAAUGUUGAUUUCAACGUUGAAUGGAAUAUUUCAUUACUUAUUAUUUUCCUACUGUAUUUAUUUAUUUUAAUUUUGUAACAGUUGGCUGACCGAUUGGUUGCUUGCAGUGUUCCGUUUGGCCAGACUGUAGUUGACGUUGUUGCCAUUGACAAAUGGACGGCCCGGCUUAUGACUGAAUGGAACGGUUCUGGAUGAGAACUGCUAAAAUAAAGGUUGCUGUAUGGUCUACUG